AGUGCUCGCGUUAGCUAAAAAAAUACACUAGGUUUUUCAACUUCCAAGUCAUUGUAAAUCCAUUAUAAGUGUGGACUUCUCCGCAUUUGUUAGGUACCUACAUACGCUUUACAAAUAACACGUUCAUAAAGUAGUCAUCAUGAAAACUACAUCUGUCGCACUUGGAGAUUUGGAAACCGACAAGGCAACAGAUAAAGGGAUGAGGAAGUUUUUGCAGAAUCUUCAACCAUCUAGUGGUGGCAAAGAGAAUUUGGUCGGUGUCGGAAGAAUUCCACAAGAGUCAACAAAUGCUAAAACUGCCAUUAAACCAGAACAGGUUUUCACAGACAUGGAAGUUAAGAUGAAGGACAAGAAAGACAAAUUAUCCAUUGCUAAAGUAAAUCCUUCAUUGUAUAAAAAAUUGAUCAUUGAAGAUCUUACUUCAACAGCCGGUCCGAGCGAAAAAUAUUGGGAAGUUAUCGCUGAACGUCGUAGAAAAGCAUUAGAAGAAGUUUUAGACGAAAAUCGCAAGCUUCGGGACUUAGUAACUGCAUUAGAAAAAGAAAAUGCUUCGUGUAAACAAUUAUUAGAAAAUACAACUGAUCUUGUUAAUACAUUAAAGGAUGUUAUAAAUGAAAGUUAUAUGGACGAUGAUGAAGAGGAGACGAAGAGUGGCCAAGGAGAUAACAAUCAGAGUUCACCAGAAAGUUCUCCAAGUGAAAAACACGUACACAAAAAAAUGAAAACACUUGAUUCAGAUAGCGAUUCACAUUAGUUUUUAGUUUAUUAAGGAUUCAAGAGACAUUUUUCUACUCUUUUUUUUUUUUUUUUAGUUACUAUUUUUAAUAAAUUAAAUUUUGUGUUAUCUAUAUAUUUAUUGGUUCCUACAAUUAAUAUUUUUCAUAAUUUAAUGUAUUAGAUUUCUUUUUGUAAACAUUAAUUUUGUGUAAACAUUAACAUUUUUCUAAUCAUUUCAUGUAAAGCUUAAGGUAAUUUAGUAAUUUAUUUUGUUUAUUUUACAUCCUUUGUUCUUUAAUUAAAGGUUCAGAGGACAUUUUUUAUACUGACUUAUUUGUUUAUUAUGAUACUUAGUCAGAGGUACC